CUACUGAAUCACUAUUAAAAAGUCGCAAUGCGUAAUAGUUAGUUCAUAUAGCCUUCUAAAAAGGAUGUUAAGGAAUAGAUAGGAGUUAUUAAUAAUCAUAAAUUUGAUUUCUACCUUUCUUUUCAUUGCUUAUGUAUCAAAAGUGGUAAGAUAAUAUAAAAUAUUUAAAAUUUAAAUCGGAAAAAGGUCUAGUAGACUUCACUUAAAUGUAUAGUGUGUAUUUCUUCCCCCUAUGCGUCUUCUUUAGAGGAAACAAGAGAAUAAGAAGAAGGAAACAAUUAUAAAAGUCAUUCGUAGAUCUUCGCUCUACUUAGUUUGUGUAUGGCCUCCUUUUCUAUUGAUGGUGAGGUAGAACAACGGUACAUGAUUCAACGACAUAUUGGGAGUGGUGCCUACGGUGUGGUUUGGUGCGCGUUGGACCGUUUAACCGGGCGUCAGGUGGCCUUGAAGAAGGUCUUUGAUGCUUUUCGAAAUCAUGAGGACGCGCAGCGGACGUAUCGUGAAAUUAUGCUUCUGGAGACGCUAAAAACAAACGAACGCGUGGUUCAUUUGUUGAAUGUAAUUCAAGCAAAUAACAACUCGGACCUUUAUCUAGUGUUUGAAUUGGCAGAAACCGACCUCUGUGUGGUGCUGCAGAAACGUAUCCUCCAGGAUAUUCACCGUAAAUAUAUUAUCUAUCAAAUCGUUCUGGUGGUGGCUCAGCUCCAUGCCAUGCAGAUCAUCCACCGUGACCUGAAGCCCGCCAACGUCUUCAUCAACGCGGACUGCUCCAUCAAACUAGGUGACUUUGGUCUGGCGCGCAGCUUUUUAGAUGAGAACGACACCAAUGGUGAGCUUUUGCAUCUCACUGAAUACAUUGCAACGCGUUGGUACCGAUCCCCUGAGGUUUUAGUCAAGUCACCGAUUUACACAACUGCCAUGGAUAUGUGGGCAGUUGGGUGUGUGAUUGCGGAAUUGUUCCUCGGUGAGCCGGUCUUUUGCGGGCGCUCCACACGAGACCAGCUCAUUCUCAUCAUUAGCUCCCUUGGCGAGCCUUCGAGCGCGGACGUGGACAGUCUGGGGUCACCAGAUUCGUGGGCGAUGAUGGACAGCCUGCCCGAGGAGAUUCAUAGUGCACCGUUAAGAGAACUUUUGUCAUCGCUGGACGCUAAUGUCGUAGACCUCGUGUCGAAGCUCAUAGUCUUUAACCCCAAAAAGAGGCUUACCGCACUAGAGACACUUCAGCAUCCAUAUCUCGCCGAGUUCGUGACCCCCGAUGACAUCUCCUUACUGACAAAGUUACCUGCAAUCACACUUCCUUUACCGGACGAAAAGCGGUGCAGUGUGGAUGAGUACAAGGAAAACGUGUACGAACGUAUCCGGAGGAACUACCACCAUAAAGAACAGUUGCAAUGCCUAUAG